CUUUCCUUUUAAUAUUCUAUAUUAUAAAUGGCUCCUUUGGAAACCUACCAUUCUGCUACUCUCAACUUGAAUCAGACACCUUCCUUCACUGAUCUUUCUCGUUGGCGGUUACAAGUAGAAGAAGGCGCACAAAUAUGGCGUUAUCUAGAAACUGAAGAAGAAAGUCAAGCUUGGCCUCAAGAGAUUUGGGAUAAGUAUCAUCUAGGUCUUCCUACGGGUUUACCUGAACUUCCUCGUGCUAAAACACCUCUUGAAAGUGCUCGAAAUGGUUUUGAAUUCUACCGACAUAUACAAACACAAGAUGGUCACUGGGGUGGUGAAUAUGGUGGUCCAAUGUUUUUGAUACCUGGUUUAGUUAUUGUAUAUUAUAUCACUGGCACUCCGGUUCCAGAACCUAUGCGACUUGAAUUAAUACGAUACCUACUUAACCGUGCUCAUAGUGAAGAUGGUGGAUGGGGGAUUCAUAUUGAAGGAGUGUCUACAGUAUUUGGAACAGCAUUGAACUAUGUUACUCUACGUAUUCUUGGUCUUGGUCCAGAUCAUCCAGUUAUGGUGAAAGCUCGUAAUACUCUACAUAAAUUAGGAGGUGCUACUGGAAUUCCUGCUUGGGGCAAAUUUUGGCUUUCUGCACUUGGUGUUUAUGAAUGGGAAGGUAUGAAUCCUGUUCCUCCUGAAUUAUGGGCGUUACCUAAAUGGGUACCUCUCAAUCCUGGUAAUUGGUGGGUUCAUACGCGUCUUGUCUAUCUACCCAUGGGUUAUAUCUACGCUCUUCGUCUCAACGCACCAUUAACCGAAUUCACUCAAUCGCUUCGUGAGGAAAUUUAUGUUCAGCCUUAUGAUACUAUUAAUUGGGAUCAACAACGCAACAAUGUCGACAAAGUAGAUCUUUAUAUUCCUCAUACCAAAAUCAUGGAUGUAUUGAACAAGGUGGUGACUUACUAUGAAAUGUUCCCUUAUAAAUGGAAUUGGCUUAGACAAUAUGCUAUCAAGGAAACCAUUGAACAAAUCAAAAUGGAAGAUGAAAACUCAUUCUUCUUGGAUAUUGGACCUGUCAACAAAGUGAUGAAUUGGUUGGUUGUUUAUUAUCAUUAUGGCAAAGAUUCUCGUGAAUUCAAACUUCAUGUUGAACGUAACCUGGACUUUAUGUGGAUGGGUCCUGAAGGAAUGAUGAUGAAUGGUACUAAUGGUAGUCAACUGUGGGAUGCUGCUUUUAUUGCUCAAGCUUGUGUUGAAGCUCAAUUGGCUGACAAUGAACAAUAUCGUCAAAAUAUGAUCAAAGUUUUGGAAUUCAUCGAUCUUACUCAAAUUAAACGUGAUCCUCCUCGUAUGGAAAGAUGUUAUCGACAAAAAUCCAAAGGUGCUUGGCCAUUCAGUACAAGAGAUCAAGGUUUUACUGUAUCAGAUUGCACGGCAGAAGGAUUGAAAACAGCUAUUGCUUUGCAGAAAACUCAAGGAUUACCUCAACUUAUUAGUGUGGAACGUAUGCGGGAUGCUGUGGAUGUGUUAUUAACUAUGCAAAAUUCUGAUCUUGGAUUUGCCUCUUAUGAACCUAUUCGUGGUCCUUCCUGGUUGGAAAAAUUGAAUCCAGCUGAAGUAUUUAGUAAUAUCAUGACUGAAUAUAGUUAUCCUGAAUGUUCUACUGCUGUUUUGAUGGGUCUGGCUGCCUUCCGAAAAGUAGAUCCUGAUUAUAGAAGAAAGGAAAUUGAUCGUACUGCUGAAACUGUUUUACAAUAUAUUAAGAAUGUCCAACGUCCUGAUGGUUCUUGGUAUGGCUCAUGGGCUGUCUGUUUUACUUACGCUGCACUUUUUGCCUUACAAAGUUUGGCAAGUAUUGGUGAAUAUUAUGAAAAUAGUGAACAUGCUCGAAAAGGAUGUGACUUUUUAAUAUCAAAGCAAGAAGUGGAUGGUGGAUGGGGUGAAACUUACAAAUCAUGCGAAGAUCGAGUCUAUUCUCACAACAGUCAAUCACAAGUGGUGAAUACAGCAUGGGCUGUGAUGUCUUUGAUGGAAGCCAAAUAUCCUAUAGAAGAACCUAUUCGACGUGGUAUACAAUUUAUUAUGCAAAGACAACAAUCUAAUGGUGAAUGGUUACAAGAAAGUAUUGAAGGUGUCUUUAACAAGAAUUGUAUGAUUUCUUAUCCCAAUUACAAAUUCUCCUUUACCAUCUGGGCAUUGGGCAAAUAUGCUCGUACGUAUGGUGACAAGGCUUUACUAGUUUAGUUUAUCAUUAUUACCAUUUUUACUACAGUUAUUCUUUAUUUAUUAUAUACUAAUCAUUCCUUAAUAAACAAAAAUCAUUUUCACUCAUUA